AUGGCCACUGCGGCAGCAACAGGUUCCAUGAAAAUAAUAACUAGACCUAACGAAGAGGAAAGCAUAGAUAGGAUUAGUAGUUUACCUGAUGACAUUCUUCGCCACAUUCUUUCUUUUCUUUCAUCCCAUUAUUCAAUACCGACCAGCAUUUUAUCGAAAACAUUUAGAUACAUAUGGAGGAUCCUUCGAGUUAAAUCGAUUUCUAGUGUAGGUGGUAACACGUUAAACAAGCUCCUCUCUGGCUGCCCUUGGUUUGAAAUUUUCCAUAUAGAAGAUUGCUUACUCAAGAGUUCAAGGAGAAGACCAACACGCGAAGUUGCUAUCAAGAAACUAUAUUUAGAAUACCAGCUGACGCUUAAACCAAGAGGUUGUAGGAUACAAGGUGAUUCAUAUUGUGCAAAUCGCGUAUUAUCCCUCGCUUCAGCAAGCAUUGAUGUUAUUAAAUAUUAUAAUUUGUAUACCAGUGAUACAAAUCUCACCUUUCAUCUUUUGAAGGCAAUCUCUAUUAUGGUAAAGCAGCUGGAGAAUGAGAGUUACGAUUAUCCACCAAUUUUGCAAAAUUUGACACAUCUUGUGGUUAAAGUAAAUGACCAUAAGUAUGCCUCUAAAGCUUUGCAUUUCUUACUAGAACAUUCACCUAAUUUGAUUUCUUUGGUUUUGGGGAAGCCAUUUCCGCGUAAAUAUUUAUGCAAUGAUAUGUGGAAUCUACCACCUAUUGUUUCCAAGUACCUGGAGACAGUUCAAAUUAUGGGUUCAUAG